GUUUACUUAUUUGAACGGCUGACAAAAAUGGAAUUUCAGCGAAGUGAUGCCAUGCUUAUGGAGAUUCUGCAAGGUCGAAAGACCAUCGUCGGAUUCCUGGACUCCAUCUUUGGAUUUCUGCGUCGCAACACCGACUUUUACCACACGAAAAAGGAUGAGGCUGACAGGAUUGGAUUUCCCAAGGGAAUGCGCGAUCAAAUUCUUUACGGAGCAAUGCAGCGCUACGACCCGGAUUGCAUCCUUCAAUCAAUGAACGUCGAGAGUGAAAUUGGAGGCAAUGGUACAUUUCUUCCUCCUGCUGUUGAGGAAGUAAUCGUGGAAAGUGAGGCAAAAAUCCCACAACACAAGGCUGAUUCAGCAGAGGCUGUAUUUUCCCCCAUUGACUACAAGAAUGGAGCUGUCUUUGCAAGCCACUGCUGGUCUCAGACGUUAAAGGAUGUGGAAGUCCAAGUGAAAUUGCCCGAAGAACUGAAAAUAUCCAAAAAUCUGAAUAUAGACAUCAAAGCAACAAAACUUAAGGUAAGCAGCAAGCAAAAGCCAGAGCACGUGAUUCUAGAGGGAAAUCUUAGCCAGCGGAUUAGGCAUAACGAAGCGUUGUGGACCAUUGACCAUAACAUGCUGCACAUCAGUUGUGACAAGGCCAGGGAGCUCUGGUGGGACCGACUCUUCGAGGGCGACGCCGAAAUCGAUACAAAGAAAAUUGACUGCGAGCGCUAUAUUGACGAUCUUCCCGACGACACUCAGGCGACCAUAGAGAAGCUCCGGGUGCAACAAAUGGAGGCGGAUAAGCAGCAAAGCCAACUGCAGGCUUCCAAUCCGGAACAGCACAAAACCAUGGAACGGUUACGGGCCGCCUGGGACGCUGAUGGUUCGCCAUUUAAAGGACAACAAUUUGACCCGUCUAUUGUCAGGAUGAGUUAGUGUUUAAUGUAUACAACGUAUUUCGGGUUAAAUUAUAACUAAAGCUAAAUGAGAA